AUGCCCGCCCCAGCCCCCUUUCCACCCCAGAAUCAACCCGCCACCGCCCUCUACCCCGCCCUUUAUCUCUACCCUCUCAACGACACAUGGGCUCCCAAGCACAUCGCCCUCACCAAUCAACACACCAAGAUCGGACGACAGACAUCCUCUAAGACCGCUCCUGGCGAGCGCAAUGGGUUUUUCGACUCGAAAGUGCUCAGCAGGCAGCAUGCAGAAGUGUGGGAGGAAAAUGGCAAAGUGAGUAGCCUCCAUCUCCGUGCUUCGUCCCCUUCCUACGACCUACGCCUUUUCGAACACAUAUCUCUACUCUCGGUCGUUGUUAUUCGUAUGACUCUGCACUUCGCCCUUCCGCUGUCCGACUACACUGGUACUCCCAUGUGUGACCUCAUCGACGACGACCCACAUAAUAUCACGUCCAGCAUUGCGUCCCCUUCUGCCGCUGCACCGCCGUUGCACCUCUUUUAUCGAUUUCGUUCAUGUUUCGUCCUUUCCCCUUCUGUCAUUUUCAUAAAAGACGUCAAAAGUUCCAACGGCACAUUCAUAAACGGUGAACGGCUCAGCAGCGAAGGACACGAAUCCGAGCCCUUCGAACUCAAAAGCGAUGACAUCGUCGAAUUUGGCAUCGACAUUAUUGGGGAAGACAACAAGACGAUUAUCCACCACAAAGUCGCCGCCCGCGUCGUGUGCGUUUUCUCGGAGCAAGAUGCCCAAGUUGCCGCUCGCGCCGAACAACACCAGCAGCAGCAGCAUCUCCAACAACAGCAGUACCUGCAGCAACAAGCCUCAACAUCUGGCCUCGGUGGCCCAUCCUCAUUAGGCCAAUCUGUUAACGGCGUCAAUGGUGGCAUGGGUGCCCAGAAUUUCCCCUUCGCCUCUGCACAGCGGAGAGCGCAGCUCGCCCAACAGGGAUUAGGCGGCAUGGGCGGUAUGCGUCCGCCUGGGAAGACGGGCCUCAGCUUUGAGGUCGUUUUGAGCCGGCUGCAGGGCGAGCUACAGAAGAGUCGCGAGACGGGUGCGGAGCUAACGUCGUUGACGGGCGCGAUGGGUGAUAUAUGCGAUACGCUGGGGGGCAAUGUCCCGUCAGCACUACCAUCGUUCCCUGCCACUCUCCCUCCUGUACGGCCUUCUCAAGAACCGCAACAACCGCCUCAACAAAGCUCUUCGUCAGCGCCUGCUCCACAUGGCACCUCUUCACCAUCACCACCCAGCUCCGACCCUCCAGCUGCAUCGUCAAUACCUGUGGCUGCCAUCUCCGACAUCCAAGCGCAGCUUCGUGAACUCCACGAGAGCCAAUCGACACUGACGGCUCACCUUGAGCGGAUACGGGCAUUGGAGGGUGUCGUAGACGAGCAAGAGAACGUGCGGAGGGAGGUCCGGGCCCUGAGAGGACUUCUGGAGGAGCGCAGUCGGGAGGAAGAACUACUCCAACGACGUGUCCGGGAGCAUCACGAGCAAGAACCCCGGGAUGGAUUUGAUGAAGAUGAAGAGGAGAUGGUGGGCGAUGAUGAUGAUGAUGCAAGGAGUAUCUCUACUGUCAUCCCGCACGAACUCGAGCGAGUCGACGAAGAAGAUGAGGAGGGAUUGGAGGAUAUUCAUCACUCGUCGCAAGAUCCUGACUCCACCCACCAUGAUUCCGAAGGGACCCACGACGGCGACGCCCAUGCAGCAGAGCAUACGGAGGAGAAUGCUGAAGAACAGGAGCGACGACGAGCGGAGGACCUCGAGGUUUCGCGGCCGCGGACACCAGAACCGACGCGGAUCAUGGGUGGCCUACGCGAAUCGGAUUCUUACCCUGGAUCGGGACCUUCCCGGACGGGGUUACUUGGUGCGCCAGGGAUGGCUCGGCGAAGCUCAGUCGGAUCGCCAUUGUCCCAGGAGGUGUCCUCGACCCCGGAAACCGUCUCGGACUCAUCUACCUCAAACGCAGUGCCCCCCGAGGAGAUAUAUGCGCAACUCUCGAAGCUCUCGCAGCAAGUCGGCGCCGUAGUCGCUCUAACGACAAGCCUUGAAGCACAGCACUCCAAAGCUCAGAACGUCAUCAAGGAGCUCGAAGACCGCGUUGGGAUGCUCGAAGGCCUGCUCAAGGAGGCCAGAAGCACGAAGGAUGUCCGCGAGCCGGCCGAAUCUGAGUCAUCCGAGGACAGCAAGCACUCGUCGCUCGUGUCUAUGAUCACCGAGUGGAAGAAGUCUGUUGAGGGUCAAUGGACUGCUGUUCAAGAGGAAUGGACCUCCGAGCGAGAGCGGCUUGCGAAGGCGAGAGAGGAGUGGGUGGCGAAGGCCCGUGCCGUCGACUCAGGGCUCGAACGUAUGGAUUCCGGCAUCGAGAAGAUGACGAAGCUCCAGGAGAGGGUCGACGGCGGCCUCGUACGGUUAGGCAAGGUCGAGGAGGGGUUUGAGAGGACAUCCAAGGUCGAGGAGAGGGUGGGCAAGGUCGAGGACAGGACGGAGAAGCUCGAGGGUACGCAACGGAGCUGGGGCGAUGAACGACGAGAUAUCCUAGACCGGAUACAGUCGUUGCAAACCACCAAUGCGAUCCACGGCCAACUCUCGCACCACCUCUCGAUGGCGAACGGAGACGUCCUGAAGCACAACGGCGGCCUCGUGACUCCCCCAUCACCUCGGUCGCAGUCCUCUGACAGUGCUGGGAGAUAUGGAAGGAGGCGCCGCAGUCGUAAAUCAUCGGGCUCAAGAGGGCGGUCGUCGUCGAGAGGCAGGGCCAGCAGUGGGUCGAGGGGCGACCUCGAGAGAGAUGAGGACGCCGAUACGGAUGCAACCCUCGCGUCAUCGACUGAGGGUGACGUCGAAAAGUCUGCUUCUCGACUUUCAGGUACGAUUGCUGCCGCUGCAAGAGCCUUGGCCACGCCGGAGCCGUCAGUAUACAAGCUCUCGUCUUCGAUCGGCUCACUCGAUUCCUCAUCACAACCUCAAGAGAAAGGAAAAUCGGUCGUCACAACAAGGUCGAACACGGAAGAUACGGCAAGUCUCAAGUCCAUUUUCGAACGUCUUUGGAGAGAAGUGCUGAUGCCUCUCCUCUCUUCCCUCUCCGCUCUUCUGUCUUGCGUCGGGAUUGACAACGCACAGAAUUUGUCUGGACUAGUUUCCGAGGAGCGGUCCACAGGUACCGUCGCGAAACACGGUUCUCACCCACAGAUCAAUGUACAGACGGCGGUGGGAGUGGUGCUACUGAGCGUCGCUGCCGCCGCCGUUUUUUGGAAAGUCAAACCGGAGUAA